AUGCCUAUGUCAGCUCUCGACCCGUUCGGCGACCGGGCCAACGACUUCCGAGCCAGACUUCCAGAAGCCGUUCUAGCACUCGUUGCCUCGCGAGACAAUAGCAAUGGCGAUCUGGACAACAUGCCUGUGCUCUCGGGCUCUUGGGACACUGGCUUCAGCUACCCAGACGAUUGGCAAGACGAAGGAGUAUUGCUGAAGAAGCUUCACCUGUUGACGUCGCUACGCCGGGCGCUAGAAGAUGCUCAAAACGCUGGCACAGACCUCCUGGAGACGCUGCAGUCUAGACCAGUCGGUGGAGAUACGCAAGCAUGGGUCGAUGGGUUAGAGUGGAUCCAGGAUCAGCUAGAUGAAAUCGAACAGUACCAAAAUCAGGCCAGAGGGGAGGCCACUGCCGUGCAGGAAGCGACGUGGCGAUUGCGACGGAACAAGCUCGGACUAGGCGAGGCUUGGGUAGGAGGUUGGACACUCGGUGAAGGUGCCUUCGGUACGGCAACUGGUUGGUACAAGCGUAAUGACCAGGAUACAAUAAUCGAUCGUAUUAUAGUCAAAGAGAGCUCCGAUAAACAUUACGGCACAGGAACUCCGGAUAGGACGUACAGCUGGAGCGACGAUCCUCGUGAUUCCACCAGUAGGACCAGCUUGCCGAACGAGAUUGCGGCGAUGUAUAGCCUGCGAGAUCACCACGCCUCAGAGAGUGUAGUCGCCAUCCGAAAUUCUCGUUUGAUCAACGCGGAGCGCAGAGCGCGCAUUUACAUGGAGUAUUGUCCUUACGGAGACCUGGGAAAGUUCUCCGAGUGGUAUUGGGAUACCACGGUGACCCUGAAGACAAAGGAAGCCUGGAAAGAUUUCCAUGAGCAGAGAGCGGACGUCAAACAUAGGUAUCUGCCGGAGCCGUUCCUAUGGUCUGUGUUCGAGUCGCUCGCCUGGUCGGGACUUAUGAUGGAGCAAGCAGAUAACCCGAUCUACCACUUGGACUACAAAACUGCGAACGUGCUGUUGGGUGUAGAGUCGAAGGAUCGUUACGUGGGGUACCCCAUGGCAAAGCUCACGGACUUUGGUCUGUCCUGGAUCCCGGAUUGCAGCCAGGAGGUCGACCCCUACAGACAGAAGCAUGGUUCCGGUACGCCGUUCAAUUCUGCGCCCGAGCAGGUUCCUACGAUCUAUAGCGGAGACACUAUGCCUCGUUUGAUGGACGCUAGCACUAAUGUAUGGGGAGCCGGGAUAGUGAUGUGGAGUCUCAUCGAGCACGAAGAAGGAGAUCACCGUAUAAGCUGGGACCAUCGAAAUGAAAUAUCGACUCCGGCCUGCCGUGCGUUUCCGCAAGACUGCGAUCCCUCUCCUCUCGAAACGCCGGAUUUCCGCGCAGCAGCUCGCAGACAAUAUUCACAGCCUUUGCUUGAUCUGAUCGUGCGAGCUGUGUCAUAUGAACAAGAAGAUCGGCCGAGCUUCCAAGAGCUGCUGGAUACAAUUCGUGACCAUACCGAAGGACAUCCGGACCAAUUUGACCGGGCCAAGGGGAUGCGACAAAAGCACUCUGACUCACGUACUUGGUCGGAAGGCAGAUAUUCAAUGUGGGGUUUCCUGCACGAGGACAAGUACGCCCUUUUUGCCAAAUUGCCGAAUCUUCCAGUUCCUCCCAAGCUUGAUGCGAAAGCGUGGAGGACGCCUCCAUUUCGACAAGAUUCGGUUGAAGACGAUGGGGACGAUGCAGACGAAGCCCCAGUGGGUGGUGGGCCGUGGCCGGGUCUUCGUAAGAGGGGCAAGAGGGGAAAGAAGAGGGCCCGGAAUGAUGAGGACGAUGCCGAUGGUGGAGCGUGA